AGUAUCUGUCAGACGUCAAAUAAUAUCAAAUUGUUUUGUUGUGUUUAUUUUUUUUUAUAUUCGCUUGCUUGUUGUCUAUAACAUAUUAUCUUCUUUAGUAUAAAAUAUAUUACAUACUUUUAAAUAAAUAUUCUAGUUACACAAAUAUGAGUUCUUUUUUAUUAUUAAAAUCAAUGUUAUUUGCAAACGCUUUGCAGUCAACACAAAAAAAGAAAAAGAGGAAGUUAAAGAGGCAUUCAAUAAAAAAAAUAAAUAUAUGUAGAAUAUGUAACUACGAAAAAGCUGAUAUUCCAAUUUUCAAUAAUUUUCUUCAACCAAACAUUCCUGAAGAAAUCAAAAAUUUUUCUGGUGUUACAAUCAACAAUUCAGACAAAUUUUCCAAACACAUGUGUCAAAAUUGUUUGGAUCUCCUAAAUGGCUGCAUUACUUUUAGAGACAUGUGUCAGAGGACCAACAAACAAAUUAUUGAAAUGUCUAUAAAGAAAGAAUUCAAUGAUUACGAAAGUAGAAUAAAAGGCGAGAGUGAUGACUCAUACAAUGUUCCUUCUCCAUCAUUCUCAGAAGAUAAUUCGGAAAUCUUGGGGUGUACUAACUGUUGCAAAGAAUUUUGUAAUCUGGAUACAUACAACGAUCACCUACCAAAUUGCAAUACGAGAACACCCAAAGACCCAAAGCCUCCUGAGAAAGUAACAAAGAAAAGAUUUCUAUGUGAUGUAUGUGGAAAAACUGCAUUUUCAAAUGCUAAUUUAUUAGUUCAUAUGGGGACCCAUGAAAACAUUUUCCCAUUCAAAUGUGAUGUUUGUCCAUACAAAGGUCGUACGAUGGAUCUACUAAGAGUACAUAAAAGGUCACACAUGACAGACAAGCCGUACAAAUGUACGCAAUGUCCAAAGGCAACGACGACAUCAAGUAAUUUAGCUAAACACAUGCGACAUGUGCAUAGUACUACUAGACCUUAUAAGUGUAGCUAUUGUGACAAAGCAUUUUCAUAUCAACACGAUAUGAAAAGGCACAUAAAAGACAUACAUCUCCGGCAAGGCACUGUAAAAUGCGAUGUUUGCUUCAAGAAGUUCAAUACCAAAAAAAUUUUACAAGGGCAUCGUUGGAAAAUUCACAAAAUCAAAGGCGAAAGGCAGGGCCGUUUGCCGUCAUAUUUACAACACCAGACAGAAGAUUCUAGUGAAAAUAAUAUUAAUAAAUCUGACACAACAUGCUAGUAUUAACAUAAUUAAAUUAAAUUACUGAAGGGUCUGUACCUACUUGCGUUGAUUUUAUAGUUUAUUAAAUGAAUAUUCUAAAGUAGGUGUAACUAUAUACUAAUUAAUAAUGUCAGAUCCCGAUAUUUGACAAUAUAAUAGACCCCAAGGUCUAUUUAGUGAAGGAAAAGAUAUUUAAUCACCAUAUCAGUCGUUAACUGUUUACUGCUGAACAUAUUCCUCCCUCAUAAAGAUUUUGCCAGUAGUUGUCGCUACGCUUGGCAUGAGGGUUGGCAACCGCAGUUAGCCUUUGGUGAUGUUUUAAUAGUAAGUUAUUUAUUCUUUAUUUAUUACAGUUACAAAAUUUACAAAAUCAUUUAAAUAUACAGUUAGUACUAAAAUUUUAUAACUUUAAUAAUCUGAUGUGUUUUUCGCGUCUGAAAUGUAUUUAUUUAUUUUUUCAUAAUAACGAAAAAAUACUCGUAGUUUCUUUUCAGUAAAUAACAAUAUUUCAAACUCAGUCUCGACACAUAUAUAUAAAUAAAACUCCAUUGCCAAAUGUAUGUAAGUGCGUCACUUCAGAGCGGCUUUACCUGUUUGACUAUUUUUUUUUUUUAUUGUUUGUAAUUGUCAGGACAAGUUUGUAUGAAUGAAAAUGUUUAAAAAAAUCGUACGAAAAACUAAAAUUUUUUAAUGAAAAAUUAGGGAAGAUUUGGAUACAUUUUCCUCAUUGAUACAACCGUACAAAACCGGAGCGGGCAACUAGUACAAUAAUAAACAGAUGUAAGUCUUAUAAAAAAAAAAGUUUAUUUGAAUAAAGAUAAUUUCUAUUGUAAACUUUUUGCCCGUUCUUCUGUACUCGUGGUUGUCAAGAGUAAAGAAUCCAAUAAGACGGACCACUUUUUGAUAGCAUACCAAGAUAAAACGUAUACCAGAUUUUAAUUAAACCUUCAGGAACACUACGGUGAAAACUGCAUCCAAUCGCAAAAACUACUGCACCAAGCAACCGGUUCCUACAUCACGUAAAUGCAAGCAGACAGACAAGAUGUCUAAAAAUAAUUAUUUUGCCUCUAUGAUCUCAUAUAAUAUUUUCUUAAACAUCUCCCAUGUAGUGAUUUACAAUUUUAUUAUAUUAGUAAGAUACAUUGAAAGCAGUGUAUAGGUACGCCGUUGAUUUUUUUAAACUUAUUCUAAUUUAAUCAUGAUUAAUUGCAAUUUCUUUCCCUUAUGUUCAGACAUUUAAAGGGUUUAAAAUCAAUGGAUCUUAAAAUAAUUCAAUUAUUUAUUAUUGUAUUUAUUAAACUUAGUAGCCUAUAUUUAGCACAAUACAACAUUAUUUUACUUUAAUUAUUAUGACAAAGUUGAAAAUUAAACUGUAUUUAUAUAGAAAUUCAAUUUUAUAUCCAGCCAAUACUAGUUAUUUUAUUACAGCCAAUACUCAUAUCUUUAAUUG